AUCAUCCCCAACGGGGACGUCGUUCUCCUGGUCGGUAAGUCCAGGACAGUGGUUGAGGUCACUUCUUCAUUCAUGAAGCACAUCUCACCCGUAUUCGAGAGGAUGCUGGCCCUACCGAUGCUCGAGGGCGAGGCGGUCCGUUCCUUCGAUGGAACGGACCCGGUCGCCAUCGAGCUUCCGGCUGAGCAGCCCGGCGCAAUGAUAAUUGCGCUCCGGGCGCUCUAUGGGUCAGACCCCGAGUGCCUCACCGCUGAGCCUCGGGACAUCCGAGACGUGUCUGACCUGGCAGACAAAUACGACAUGGUGCUGAGGCUUCGUCCGAUGGCGGCCAUCUGGCUGGGUUACCCAGCGGUAACAACAAGCCAGCCCGACCACCAGGCCGGCUGGGACCUGCUGGUGGCCGCCUACCUUUUCCGCAUGGAAGAGGAAUUCUUCGCGAUCAGCCAGUUCUUCCUUAGAACGGAUAUCCCUCUUCUAGAGUAUGCCCUGGGAACGCCCGACGAGAACCUUGGUUUGAGGUUGGCCUUGGCCAUCGAAUCUGUGCGGCUCGCAAACUCCACCAACCACGUGGAUAUCGGUCUCUGUCUUGGAUGCUUUUCCACAGCCAGACAGAACUUCGUCGAACGGCAGCCCGGUUGUCGCUUCACAAUGCGGCAUCUGUGGUAAGCCCACACAUAGGGAGGAAUGGCACCAAGCUUCGUUAGAUCAUACGGGUUCAUUGAACAGCGCCUUUCGGGUUCACAGCCCUCAUCAACAACUUAAAUCAAGCGACUUUCUUCAUGCAACCAGCAAACAUCGGAUCAUCUAGCCUUACCUGGUAGAUGAGAGAGAUAUAACAAGUGUCCAG